AUGGGAGCUCAUGGAGAUCGCCGCCGCCACCGUCGUGAGGAGGUGGGGGUGCUGCUGGAUGAAGACGAGGAGUUCGAGCAGCACGGAGGAGGCUGCGGUGGCGGAGCGACGAGUGGGGUGGUGGAGCACGAAUUAGAAUUAGGCCAAGAUGGUGGAGGCGGCAUGGUGUUCGAGGCGAGCAGCAGCGUGGGGAGCGUGAGUGCGACCAUGGGCCCGCCCCCGAUCAUGUGCUGGCCGCCGCCGGCCCCGUCGCUGUCGUCGCAGCAGCAACAGCUCCACCACCAUAACCUAGUCAGCGACGGCGGCGGCGGCGGCGGCCAGGGCCCCUUCUUCCCGAUGCUACCGCCGCUGCCUCCGCAGCCUCCUCCGCCGCCGCCCUUCUUUGCGGACUUCUACGCCAGACGCGCGCUCCAGUUCGCGUACGACCACUCGGGCGGCGCGUCCUCCUCGUCCGACCCGCUCGGCGGCUUCGGCGCCGGGCUCUACAUGGGCCACCACGGGCAUGGCAUGAUGAUGCCGCCGCCCUUCGGGCCGUCGCCGUUCGGGGACUUCGGGCGGAUGACGGCGCAGGAGAUCAUGGACGCCAAGGCCCUGGCCGCGUCCAAGAGCCACAGCGAGGCCGAGCGCCGCCGCCGCGAGCGGAUCAACUCUCACCUCGCCCGUCUCCGCAGCCUCCUGCCCAACACGACCAAGACGGACAAGGCGUCGCUGCUGGCGGAGGUGAUCCAGCACGUCAAGGAGCUCAAGCGGCAGACGUCGGAGAUCCGGGAGGAGGCCUGCCCGCUCCCCACCGAGUCCGACGAGCUCACCGUCGACGCCUCCAGCGACGACGACGGCCGCCUCCUCGUCCGCGCGUCUCUCUGCUGCGACGACCGUGCCGACCUCCUGCCCGACCUCAUCCGCGCGCUCAAGGCGCUCCGCCUCCGCGCGCUCAAGGCCGAGAUCACCACCCUCGGCGGCCGCGUCAAGAACGUGCUCCUCGUCACUGAGGACGACACCCUCGGCCCGUGCGGCGACGACGAGGACGGCGCGCCGACGCCCAUGUCGCCGCAGCACACCGUCGCGUCCAUCCAGGAGGCGCUCAGGGCGGUCAUGGAGCGCACCUCCUCCUCGCCCGGCGGCGGCGGCGAGGACUCCGGGGGAUCGGCCAGCGGCGGGCUCAAGCGGCAGCGCACCACCAGCCUCUCGGCCAUCCUCGAGAACCGCUCCAUCUAG